UCAGUACACUCCGCACCUGGCCGUGGAACCCACCUCAGUCCCAGGAGACCAGUUAUAACAGGAGAGCCUCAGGGAAAGCAUCUCAUCUGAGGCGAACCCAAGCAGCUGUUUCACAGGUCUCCUUGGGCACUUGGGCACUUGCCUCCUGAUCAAGACUGGAACAAGGACUGUGGGAGGGUGACGAAGGGUGAACCACACUGACCAUGUCCCAAGUGAUGUCCAGCCAGAUGCUGAGAGCAGGCCAUACUGUCUGUGUAGGCCCUCAAGAGGAGACCAGAAACAGCUUUCUUCCCACCCGGAGCACCAGCCUGGCUCCCCAGUGUCCAUACUACACCACAGAAGGCUGGGGGGCCCAGGUCCUGAUGGCCCCCACGCCUGCAAAGGGGCAACCAAUCCCCAACAGGGGCAGCUGUGUCCUGAACUUCCACAGCCCUAGAAUGGGUCAGGCAGCACCAGCAGUGACCAAAUCAAGUGGCCUCCCCCAGCCCAGAGGUCAGCAAGAUACAGGCUGGACUGAUGACCUGGCUUCCUCCAUUGGUUUCUCUCUGGAGAGCCUCAACCAGAUGAUCCUUGAACUUGACCCUACCUUUGAGCUUCUGCCUUCAGGGGCAGACCCAGCCCCAACUCCCAAUGCCACAGUAGCAAGAAGCAAAAAAGAAGACUCUGAAAUAUUAGAUAUCAAGUAUAUUGAGGUGACAUCUACCAAAUCAAGGUGCCAGGAACCCCCCCAGCGCUGUGCCAGCCCCUCGGUCAUCCCUUCCUGCGGAUCACCUCUCAGUGGCGGCCUCCUUCUCUGCAGAGACAGGCCCCGUGAGAACAACGCCAGCAGCGAGAGCCUCAUUUUCUCUGGGAACCAGCACAGGGGGCAUCACCAGCUGCAGCAGCUUCCACCCCCGGUGGGAGAGCGGUCAUCUCCUCCCUUGCCCUCCCCUGGUAUCACCAUUCCCCAACCCAAGCACAAGAAUCCUGGUCCUCAAAGUGACAGCUUCCUCCUGGAAGCUUCUCCAAGGCCCUCAGUGGGGAGCUGGGCACUGCAGAGGGGCAGUGGAGCUUCUCUGUUGUCCAGCAGCCCAGGCUCUGACACCAGCUAUGUGUUUGGCAGCAGCCAAUCUCUGCUUCCUACCAGCACCUCCAGCCACCAGCUUGCCUACAAGAACCCAGAAUGCUCCAGAGGGUCUUCCUCUAAUAUCCACAACCCCAGCACCUCAUCUCCCAGUGGGAGACCCAGUUAUUUCCACCUCCAGAGCCCUGACUCAGGGCUCACACCACCAGUUUCCACCCCGGGCCAGCCUGCUGGUUCAUACUCACCCCCACUGCAAAAGGAGCAUGCCAGCAGCUGUCCCCCAUCCAUUGCUAAUUCCAUGGUGGACAUCCCCAUUGUGCUGGUCAAUGGGUGCCCAGAACCAGACUCUGCCUCUCCACAGCCUCCUCGCCGACAUCACAGCUUUGUCCGGCCCAGGGCUGACACCUCCAGCAGCCCAUACGCAGCCCUCAGUAGCCACAGCAAAACGCCCUCAGAUACCUCUCUUGCCUCCUCCUCAGAGGGUCCUAGCAGAGACAAUUCACCACCAACCAUGAAGUUUGUAAUGGACACAUCCAAGUACUGGUUUAAACCAAGCAUCACUCGGGAUCAAGCAAUCGAGCUACUGAAAAUGGAAGAACCAGGUGCUUUCGUGAUCAGGGACAGCACUUCGUAUCGAGGGUCCUUCGGCCUCGCCAUGAAGGUUCAGGAAUCUUCUGCAUCCCUUCAGAGUAGAUCAGGAACGGACAGCAGUGACCUUGAUCUCAUCCGACACUUCCUCAUUGAAUCUUCAGCCAAAGGGGUGCACCUCAAAGGCGCUGGGGAGGAGCCCUACUUUGGCAGCUUGUCGGCCUUCGUAUACCAGCACUCCAUCAUGCCUUUAGCCUUGCCCUGCAAGCUGGUCAUCCCCAGGAAAGAACUGGGAGGCGGAGAUGGCGCCCCAGAUCCCCCAGCAGACACGGAGGCCUCUCGAUUGAAGAAAUCAGCCAGCUGCCAAGCCCUGUACCUGACCUCUGUGAGUGUGGAGACCCUGACCGGGGCCAUGGCCGUGCAGAAGGCCAUCUCGGCCACCUUCGAGAGGGACACGCUGCCCACACCCACUGUGGUCCAUGUUAAAGUCACAGACCAGGGAAUCACUCUCACCGACGUGCAAAGAAAAGUGUUUUUCCGACGACAUUAUCCACUUGCCACCCUCCGUUUCUGUGGUAUGGACCCAGAGCAUAGGAAGUGGCAGAAGUAUUGUAAAUCUUCCCGGAUUUUUGGCUUUAUUGCCAAGAGUUUGACAGACCCUGCAGAAAAUGUGUGUCAUCUCUUUGCCGAAUACGACGCUGUCCAGCCAGUCUCUCUGGUCAUCGACCUCGUGGCUACCCUGCUUCUGGAUAUGGAGAGAACAUAGCUGCAAGAGGAGGAGCAGAGGGCACCUGGCCCAUCGCUCCCCCAGAGUGGCGAUCCCUUGCCCAUUGCUGCCUGAGGGAGGAGAGAGCCAAGGCCCUACUUUUUGACCAGCCCUAGAAGGACCCAGGUUGCCAUCUCCAUGGAAACCUGGGAAGAGACUGAUAGACCUAAUUCUAGAGCUAAAACUUCCACAUAUUGACAAAACUGUCCUGAGCUCUUCUGUAGAGCAGAGACUCAAGUAUUAUGUUCUUAGUCCCUCAGAGAGCUUCAAGGAGUGAAGCCCCAGAUAGGUAUAUGUUCAAUGAUGAGACAACGGGAUUCCAGACUGACUUCACUCAUCACCAGCAUAAUACAAGGUUUCAGAACCUCAGAGUGAGUUCCAGCCAACGCUAGUCUUGAAGGCUAUUUACACCAGCUCCCUCCCCCAGCCCCUCGAACUAGCACUAUAGCCAUUAUCACCCUCACUGGCUUCUAAGGAAACCUGAAAGCCACAAUCGGAACAUCUGGUCCAGGGAUUCUUAACCUGGGAUCAGUGGACUUGUGUUUUAAUAAUAUUUUGAUAACUAUUUGAGUAGAACUGAUUUCCUUUGUAAUCCUAUGUAUUUUAUAUUUUUGCCCUUUUUUGCCUUUAAAAUAUUAAGCUGAGAAGGGGAUCAUAAGCUUCACCAGACUGCAAGGGAGCAAUGAAAAAGUUCAGAACCUCCUGAUCUAGUUCAACUCCCUCAUUUUAUAGAUGAAGAAAUAGAGAUCCAGAGAAGUUUUUUUUCUCAGGCUUUCUGGUCAGACUUUAAAAAAAAAAAAAAAAAGAGGAGGAGGAGGAGAAGGGGAGGGAACAGAAUGUAAAGAAAUACUGAAAAUGGUCACAGGUGUAACUACUGAGACCUAAGGAAUCUGACCACUACUUAUGGACUUCUCUGUUUUGCUUGCUGCUGAUUGGUGCAUUCAAAAAUAUCUGGGAUCUGCCUACCCUGGAUUGGUGCAUUUGGAAAGAAUUGCAUAAACUCUAGCAUAUGAGCAUGGCUCAGGUCUGUCUGCAGUUCUGACAGGGCUGCAUCUCACGUGUCAUGGAACAUGUCCCAAAUCAGGACAAACGGGCCCUGACGGGCUGUCACUAGUCAACAUGUGUGCCUUUAUUUUUACAACAAUAAAGUAUAACUAGUUUAAGGUC